AUGGGACUCAGAGAACUGAAAGACCUCAACCUUUCCAAUAAUCAGUUCUUCCUAUUUCCUGUGAAAGUAUGUGAUCUGAGAUCACUUGAAAAGUUGAAAAUCUGCCACAGGAGAGGCAUCAAGCUAACUACACUGCCAAAGACCUUGUCGAAACUAAGACAUUUGAGGGAACUGGACUUCUCAGACAAUGUAGUGCAGCAGAUUCCUAGCAUCGGGGAGCUGGAGGACCUUACUAAGCUGUUAGCCAAUAACAACUCAAUUUCCUACCUCCCCAAAUCUAUAACAUCCCUGCAAAGCUUACAGCAUCUUGAGUUGAAAGGGAACCUUCUCCAGUCUUUACCUCCUGAUCUGGGCCAGCUCCAGUCUCUGAGGCAGGUGGAGCUGGAGGGGAAUCCUCUCGCCAGACCUCCUAAGCAGAUCUAUGACGGACACCAAAUAUUCCCCAUUGGACAGUACCUCAGCUCUGAAGUCACCUGGAACAAGCACAUCUUACAAAAGGCUUUCCGGUUUCUGGCCAAUAACUUGCAGGGCGAUGAUUUUGAUCACUUCUGUGAGAAACUUAAGAUACCCACUGAGGAGUUUGAGACCAAAGAGAAUAAACGGGCAUCCUAGAAGGAAAAAAACAUGCAGGCCCUUACUCUGUGGAGAGACCUAUUCCAUAGUGACCAGGAGGCAUCUAUCAUAGCUGACCAACUUGUGAGGACUCUGGUCUUGGCAGGCCUAUACACACUCUCCUCUCAGGUUCAGGCCAUCAAGAUAUAUGCCAAAGCCAUAAGACUUUGAAUACACUAUGUCAAAUGUGGCAUAUGAAUAGAGGCAUAGUUCAUGACAUUGUGAAGUUGUGAGAGGAGUAAUUUGUUUUCCAUACCAAAGUGAAGUCCAUACCAAAGUAUUGAUUAUUGUUUGACCAUGAGAAUAAAUGCAAUUGGAUAUGCAUCAA